GGACGUGUCUCCUCCGCACCUCGGUGGAAACCCCCCCAUAAACCCCCCCAAACCCCCCACAGGCGCGUCCAGCAGCGCAACAGUUAACGGAGCCGGAUGCGCGCUCGCUCCAGCGGCGGCGCGCCUCAGUGCGAAGAUGGCGUCGGAGGGAGCCAGCAGCGCGGAGCCUCCUGCUCCGGUGCAGAGCCUGGCGGCCGCCGUGCCGGGGGCCGUGGACACGAAAUGUGAGUUCAAUAUGGAUAACCUGAGCAAGCCGGAGCUCCUCACCCUGCUGAGCAUCAUGGAGGGAGAGCUGGAGGCCCGAGACCUGGUCAUAGAGGCCUUGAGGGCCCAGAGGAAGGAGGUGUUUCUUCAGGAGCGCUACGGCCACUACAGCCUCACCGACCCCUUCCUGGCGCUCCAGAGGGACUUCGACUGCCGGGUUCCCGGAGGGGACAAGGAGCGGCGGUCUUUGGGGUCCAGUCCCAUCUCGGUCCUGGAGGCCGUCAUGGCGCACUGCAGGAAGAUGCAGGAGCGCAUGUCGGCCCAGCUGGCUGCUGCCGAGAGUCGCCAGAAGAGGUUGGAGAUGGAGAAGCUGCAGCUCCAGAGUCUGGAGCAGGAGCACCGCAAGCUGUCGGCGCAGCUGAAGGACGAGCGCGAGAAGAACAAGCACAUCGUGAUGAUGUUGGUGCGCGAGUGCAAGCAGCUGGCCACGCGCGUGGUGGAGGAGUCGCAGCGCUUCGAGGAGCUGCAGGCCCGGCUGGACGAGGAGGCCCGCACCUCGGGCCGCCUGCAGGAGGAGCUCGGCGUCGAGCGCCAGCACGGCCAGCAGAUGGAGGCCAAGAUGGAGAAGCAGCUGUCGGAGUUCGACACGGAGCGUGAGCAGCUGCGCGCCAGGCUGGGCCGCGAGGAGACGGAGAGCCAGAGUCUGCGGCGGCAGGUGGAGCAGCUCAGGACUGAAGGGGCUGAUGGGAAGGACGGCGCCGGGGCGGCGCCGGCGCCGGAGCCUCCUAAAGCUCUGGCCUCCGUCUCGGUGGCCACGGAGCCCGUCAGCUCGCGAACAGCGUCCUCCCAGACGGAGCCCCCUCCCACCGAGGCCGAGGGUCUGAAGAAGUCCCCCCUCACGAUACCCGUCAAACCGACGCCCGCCAACUACGUGGGCCUGAGUCUGCCGAAGACCAGCGGCCGGGGGAUCGUCCACAGCAGCUCCGGGGGCCUGCAGACGGAGAACGGCUCGGAGCCCCCCCACGGCGUGCCCAGCGGGGUCAGCCCCCGCGUCCAGGCGGCCCGCUACAAGUUCCAGGACCAGGACCAAAACGGCACGGCGUCCCAGAGCCCCCCGGCGCGCGACCUCUCCCCCACCAACCGGGACAACUUUGCGGCCAAGCAGCAGGCGCGCCACACGGUGACGCAGGUGCUGUCGCGCUUCACCAGCCCCCCCGCGGGGGGCGCCGGGCCGCUGCGCGCCGGCCUGCCCCACUCCGCCUCCGAGGGGGGCUCGUUUCCCGGCCGCCUCGGCCACCCCAUCGGCCUCAAGUCGCCCACGGUGGCCCGGAUCGACCGGGGGAACCCCCCGCCCAUACCGCCCAAAAAACCCGGGCUUAGCCAGACCCCCUCGCCCCCCCACCCGCCCAUCAAGGUGGGGGGGGACAGCAGCCGCCCCCCCGGGGCCGGCCUGAAACCAGCCCAGCUGCCGCCCAAACCCGCGCUGGACCUGGUCCCGGCCCUGACAGCCUCUCAGGUGGGUGCCAGCCCCCCCCCCGGCCGGGGCCCCCAGCGGCCGCCAGCAGCAGCAUGUGCACCGUGCCCCCCCGUCAUCAGCUCCCCCUCCACCUCCUCCAUUAGCGCUCCAUCCACCCGUAGCCCCUCUUCCUCCGCAGGCAGCCCCCUGGCAACAGCAUCAGGCUGGUGUCCCUCCGUAGCCUCCUCUCUCAGCGGCGGUGGGCCUGCUGCCCUGGACAGCGGCCACCCCCUGCUCCUCCAAGCUGCCUCCCAGGGAAAUGUCACUUUAUUGUCAAUGCUGCUUAACCAACCAGACUCGACCAUCACCACCAUCACCACCACCACCACCACCUCGUCCACCAACAUCACCUCUACCACCGCCAUGGAGAACAAACCCCACCACCUUGACCCAGACCACCACCGAACCUCUGCCUUGUUUGUUGCUGCUCAGAAUGGACACACAGAAUGUGUGAAGCUGCUGCUGUCGUCCGGAUCGCCUGCUGACGUCUCGGAUGAAAACGGAUUCACGCCGCUACAUCUGGCUGCCGCCCACGGCCACACGAGCUGUGUGGAGGCGCUGCUGGCGGCAGGAGCCGCCGUGGACUCGGCGGCGGCCGGCGGCCAGACCUCCCUCCUGCUGGCCUGCGAGGCGGGACGGCCAGACUCCGUCCGGACGCUGCUGAACGCCGGAGCCGAUCGCUCGCUCGCCACGACGGACGGCUGCACGGUGCUGCACGCCGCCGUGCGCUCGGGACACGUCGGCCUGCUCCGUCUGCUCCUCCGCCACCCGGCCGGGGACGACACCGCCCCCCCCGGACCACCUGGACCACCGCCCUCCCUGGCCCUUCCUGCCGCCCUGCUGAACCAGGCCAACGCUGACGGCUGGACCGCUGCACACACGGCCGCCGCGCUCGGCCUGAAGGAGUGUCUGGGCGUGCUGUGCAACCACAGCGAGCAGGACAUCGAGAGGAGGGACAAGUGUAACCGCACCAUCCACGACGUGGCGACCGACGACUGCAAAGACCUGCUGGAAAACCUCCAUUUGUAUCGGAUCCCGGUGCUUCUCCAAUGUUCCAGUGCAGGGAUGGGCUCCAUGUGUCCGAUGGUGGCCCUGGAGGAGGAGGAGGCCAAGGGGUUUUCCAGCAGCCAGAUAGCGCUGGGCCGCGUGACGGUGGACCGGGCCAUGGAUUGGACCCAGCUGAGUGCUGCUGUCAGCCAGGUCUUCACCUCCCACCUUCAGAUCCUCGUCGGAGAAUCCCAGACGGCUAGAGAGGAGGUGCAUCGUCCCGUGCUCGGCCUCGGUGUCGCUAGCAUCGCCUCCAUUCUUAUCGGAGAUACGCAGUGGCUGCCUGGUCAGGAGCUGCCGUUAUCCCCCUGGGAUCUGGUCAGAAAGCCUCUCAGCCAGUGCAUCACCAUCCGCCUUAAAGGUCUGGCUGAGUCGUGUCUGGAUGAUCUGGCCCGCGAGUCCCUCCUCCCGCUGCCGUUCCUGCAGAACUGCGUCCGCCUGGUGGAGCAGUACGGCAACCUCAUCUUCCACGGGCCCGAGGGCAGCUGCCAGGAAUACAUCGCCAACCUGGUGGCCCGCUGCAUCCAGUCCAAGCAGCAGGCGGGGGGCGGCGGCUGUGACGUGGUGCGGGUGGAGGUGGAGGACAGCCUGACCAAGGAGCAGCUGCUGGACGUCUUCAUCAGCUGCGGCUUCCUGGUGCCGUCCGGAGGUCGUGUGUUGGGAGCUGCUCCUGCGGUGGUGCUGCUGCUGGAGGGGCUGGAGAAGGCCUCGUCCCUGACGGCUCUGCUGGGAGACGUGUGCCAGAGUCUGGACGACCGGGGCCCCGGCUCCCCGCUGGCCCUGAGCACCGGUCCCCACCACUUCUCUGAGAACAACUUCCUGAUCGCCACGUUGUCGAAGCCCCGCCUCCAGGGCUCGGAGCUCCGCCUCCAGCAGCAUUUCCGCUGGGUGAGUCUCCGCUGGGACCAGGAGCCGCUGCACGGCCUGCUGGGACGGCACCUUCGCAGGAAGCUGCUCUGUAAGACGGGGUCUGGGUCGUGGUCCCCCGACGGCGUCCUGGAGCGGUCGGUGUCGUGGGUGAGCCAGGUCUGGCAGCAGCUCAACGCCUGUCUGUCCCGUCUGGGGACCCACGAGGCCUUGCUGGGCCCACAGCUCUUCCUGUCCUGCCCCGUCGUCCCGGACAACACGCAGGCCGUCGUCAGGUGGCUCGCCCGGCUCUGGAACGCCGUGGUCGUCCCCCGCGUGGAAGAGGCCAUCAUCUCCCGGGUGACGGCCCGGCGCCCCCCCUCCUCCUCCUCGUCGCUCCAUCCGGCCCUGUCGCCGCGACGACCGUCUCCUAGCAACCGGGGCCUGAGCGCCGGGCAGCAGGCCGUGGUGAAGGCCGCUCUCAGCAUCCUGGUCAGCAAGGCCGUCCUGCUGGGCUGCCCGCUGCCGCGCCACGAGAUGGAGCGGCACCUGCUGGAGUUCCGGGGGGGAACCCCGCCCCUCUCGGCCAUCGGCUCCUACAAGGGCAGCGGGGCGGGACGACGCGGCCGGGACGCAGGGAAGCUGAGACGAUCCAACACCAGCCCCCGCAAGAGGGGGGGCAACGACGCCACCUGGAGCUGCGGGGGUUCUCUGUCCAACUCUGAUGUCAACUUUACCUCCAACAGAGAGUCUGCCGGCCUGCCGCUCUUCUCCGACGACGAGACGGACCUGAUCAGGGAGCUGCAGACCAUGUGCUCCAGCAAGUCGGAGCCCGACAUCACCAAGAUCUCUGAGGCCAAAGACGACGUGAUCCUGUUUUCCGGCUCGCCGGGGGACGAGCUGCCUCCGAGCAAGUCCAGCCAGGAAACCGGCCGGGAAACCGGCCAGGUCCACCAGCGACCGCAGACGUCCGGCCGCAGCUUCACCCAGACGUCCGUUCAGAGCAGCGACCGCCGUCCGGCUCCUCGCACCAAGUCUCAGCUGCCCGUCCCGAGCAGCAGGGGGCAGCAGACGCGAGUGGCCGUCGCCCCCGGCAACAGCAGCAGCAGCAACAAUCAGACCCAAACCCCCCCGAACCGCCGCAGAAGCGCCGCCGCCAGCAGCAGCAGCAGCAGCAGCAGCAGCCGAGCAAAGCAGGCCGCCGCCAGCAGCAUCAACCACCGCAACAACAUGAACGGCAACAGCCACCAACACCAGGACAUCUGGAUCCUCCACAGACCCCUGCAUGAGAGCAACAACAACCCCCCAUGAUCCCCCCAUGAUCCCUCCAUGAACCGCCCUCCAUGAUGUAAAGACUACCCAAAACCUUUGACUUGGUAUUUCUACUUGUUUUCCGUACUUGUUACACUGUACUACAGUUGUGUACUUGGGGACCAUGGUUGUAUUCUAUUACAGUAUUUGAAAGAUGUGAUCGUUCUGGGGUGAAAAGACAGUAAUGUGGUGGGAAAAUAAAUGAAUGGAAAAGAAAGAAAGAAAAAAAAAAGCAGCAGGUUUAUUACUGUUGCCUUAAUUAGUAAAGUGUUUCAACCUGCAUAUUAUGGGACAAUGUUCAGAUACAGUCUUAGAAUUUACUGGAAUAUGAGUUUAAAGUAUUUAACUGGUGGAAACUGCCUCAAAAACACUCCCAGCACAGUAUUUUUGUGUACUUAAAGUGAAACGGUGUACUUCUGCUACUAGUGUACGGCCACUGAAGAGUGUUUUUCUUUUCUUUUUUCUUUUUUAAUCAAAGACAGACACAAGAAGGUUUUGAUUUUUCUUCUUUUUGUUGUUUUUUUUGCUAUUAAGUAUUUUUGAGAUAUUCAAGUGUUUUAUCUGCAAAUAGCUGCAAGGUUGUUUUAAAUACUGUUGAAAUUAAUCAGGGUUCUACCAAAUAUAUUUGUAAAUAAGAGUUAGUACGUUUAAAUGCUCUGUAGAUUUUGGUGUACGUGGUAUGAUGCUUGUACAGUGAUUUAAAACCCUGAAGCCACCGCCGUGCAACAAUACCGCUUCCAGCCACAUGGGGGCGCCCAGAUCUGCUGUGUUGACAUUACUGCGCUAAUGAGUGAAGACGGUCCGGCGUGUCCUCUAAUACCGCCCCGUCCCUCCAGAGGUGAACUCAGUUUCCGUCUCACGUCACUAAUCAGGCUAACUAGUGAGCAAAUUAAGUAUUAUUGAAUUUGAAUGGAGCUCUCUUGUAAUGUCGCCCCCGUGUGGUCAGAAGCGGUACUGCCACGUCGUGACUUUGAGAAGAAACUGCUGAAAAAAUAAAAACCUUGUACAUAGUGUUUGUAAAACAAGUCUGGUUCUGAACCCUCCACUUGUUUCAAAGUGACUGGGAUGUGGCAAUAAGUACUAGAACUGUAAAAACACAGGAUGUCCUCUUGUCAACUGUAAGCCAUAAUAAAUAUUUUAAAUGCCCAUCUGACUCAUGUUCAGUUAGACCCCAGCCGACCCCGACGGCGCGACUUACUCUUUCCUUUCACGACUUCCGUUAUUACCGUGUUUGUUUUUAUGUUUAAUGAGUAAUUUUAUUUCAAGCAGAUACUGUUUAUAUAUAAAUAAAAAUAUAUGCGGUAUAAAUACAUCUAUACAAAUGUACAGGAGAGAUUUUAGUCAGCCUAUGGUUUUGAUCUGUAUGAUAGCCGUUUUAGGUCUAAACAAUUGCCUUUCAAGCACAAACAUUAAA